UAGAAAAGUUAACAAAUUUUAAACAUUAUUUAAGACAACUAGUAUGUUAAGAACAAUUUCUCAACUGACUCCUGUAGUAGCACCAUUUCAAAUAUGGCUGAAACAUCAGUCAGUGUGUAGUUCAUAUAGUGUGGUUGGUUGUUACAGUAGUUCGUAUAACGAUUUAUCUUGCAUUAUUACGCAUCGGCUUAAAUAUUGCGUGUUUUAUCUCUAUAAAGUAACGAGAAGAGAAUUUCAGCAAUCCAGUAAAACUGCUAUCAUCACAUGCAGUCAGAUAAAAAAAGAAAAAAUGGCACCAACGCGUGUUAUUCUUUUUUCGUGUGGCAGUUAUAACCCUCCAACCAAUAUGCAUUUAAGAAUGUUUGAAAUUGCCAGAGAUCAUCUACAUAGAAUGGGCACGCAUAUUGUAGUUGGUGGAGUUAUAUCUCCAGUACAUGAUGCAUAUGCUAAAAAAGAACUAGCAAGUGCAACACACAGAUGUGCUAUGUUAAGAUUAGCUUUACAGAAUAAUGAUUGGAUUCGACUUAGUACUUGGGAAAUUAAACAAAAUGGUUGGUCAAGGACUAGAAUAACUUUACAAUAUCAUCAAAAUUUAUUAAAUUCCAUGGUAUUUGAUUCAAACAAUAUUAAACAUAAUAUUCCAAUUGAAGAUCUGGAAUGGAUUCCAGAAAAUAUAAAAAAUAGUUCUGAUCGUACACCAAUUCAAAUUAAACUAUUAUGUGGUGCUGAUUUAUUAGAAAGUUUUGGAAUUUAUGAUCUUUGGAUGGAUGAAGAUAUUGAUGCUAUUGUUGGAGAACAUGGACUUGUAGUUAUUACUAGAGAAGGUUCUAAUCCAAAUAAAUUUAUAUAUGAUUCAGACAUUCUUUCUAAACAUAUGCACAAUAUACACAUAGUAACUGAAUGGAUUCCAAAUGAAGUCAGUUCAAGUAAAAUAAGAAGAGCAUUAAAGCGAGGUGAAAGCGUCAGAUAUCUUUUACAAGAUGCUGUGAUUGAUUAUGUCUAUAAGCAAGGAAUUUAUGAUGCAAAGACAACAGCAUCAACAAUUAAGUUGGAACUGACCUCGCCCAAUGCGAAUAAUUACUUGACCAUUGAUUCCAAGUAUCAAAGCACCUUUCUCACGCCGUCGCCUAGCGACGUUACCAUGGAAUCCCCGAGUCCGAUUGAAAUUAUAUCCAUCGACGUGCCUGACACUGUUCUGCGUAAGAAUAUGCAGAACGCAACGAAUGUGGCUUGUGUCACCUCACGUCACGUCGGCGGCGGCCUCGAGGAGGCGCGCGAGAAAUUCAUUAACGCUCUCGUCGCCGAGAACGGUAACGCCAAACAUAUAACAACCGCGAAGGCCGCGUAUCCAGGUCUCGCGAAACAGAUCAUCGCCACCGAAACCGGCGAGUCGCAGAUCCUCGACGAGGGUACAGCAAAACCUGCAUGCCUACUGUAAGACAGAUAAUUGACUGUCUUGUUGCUGCUCGACCCAUGCCAAUCCGAUGCGGCCCCUGCCUUACUGCUAAAUGUUCUAAUACUGCUACUAACAAUCGCGAUAGUAAUGGCGUUAGUAGCACGGCUAACAGCAACAACAUCGACAACUACAUCAACAACAACAAGAAUUUACACGCCUACGAGAACAUUCAAAGCUUUAGUAUACGCGAAAAUAUCCCUAUUGGUUGCGCGAUUAAUCGCGACUAGAAUUUUCAUUUCUGUGCAGUGCUGGGGAAGUUUGAUGAAUCUUUCCCAUAUCUCAAAUCACAAUUUAAAUUUUUGCUGAAAUUUGUUAGAAUAGAAAAAAUAAGUUUAUUAAAUAAUAUCUUUUUUUUAUGUAGUAUUAGUCGUAAAGCAAUUUUUAUUUUAUCAAUAAAAAAUGUGUUUUCUUUUUUGUUGUCAGUCAGAAAAUCAUUUUGAAAAUUUGUAAGAUAAAUUUUAAUAGAAUUUUUAUUAAUUUAUUGAUUAUUUUAUUUAAAUUAUUUAAAAAUAUUGUUUUGAAUAACGAUAAUUAAUUUUUGAUUAAUAUUAAUUAUUAAUAAAUAAUUAUUAGCACUAUAAACUAUCUGCAAAUUAAUUUAAUAUUUUUAUUAACGUAUUUUAUAGAAAAAAAGUAUGUGAAAUAUUUUAUAAAGAUAUGUUUUAUUUGUAUAUACUUUUUGAUAUCUUUUAGAAAUAGAAAUUUUUUUAGAUUAAAAGUAUAAAUUAUAGUGGUUAUAUAGGGAAAAAAUUUUUUAAAUUUUUAUCUUUUGAAUAUUAAAAAUUGAAGAUUUAUCGUACCUGGAUUGAUAUAAGAUUCGAAAGCUUUAAAAAAUAUUUGUGAAUUGAAAUUGCUUUUCUGAAGCAUAGAUAAUAUUUUUAAAUUUGAAAAAAUGGAACUAUUUUUUUUAAAUAAAAAAAAAAUGAAGAGAAAAAAUGCAUAUGUAUAUAUCUUGUUAAUAUUUACUUUAUCUUGGUCAAAAGAUAUCAAGAUAAUAUCUUUUUAUUAAUUCUUAUUAUCAAUUAUUUAAUGUAAAGAAAAUAAUUUAAUUAUAAUUAUAUAUUAAUUAUAAUCCUAUUGAUUUACUAUUGAUUUAUUUAUAGAAUUUAUUGUUGAUUUGUACAAUUAAUUGAAAAAAUUAAAACUUUUUUUUUCGAAUAUUAUUAUCCCCGGCACUGCUUGCUGAUUGGAAAAAUUUUGCAAUUUUUUAAUUUUUUUCUUUCGUACUCAAAUCAUAUUUUUUAAUGUUAGAAUUUGAUACAUUUUUUUGCACUAUUAAUGUUAAAAAAAUGGUGUCAAAUUUGAUAAUUAUAUUAUAUCUCGCAAUUGUUGCAAAAGUAAUUAUCUGCAAAGAAAAUUAUUAAAUUUUAUAUAAAAUUUAUAUAAAAAAUUAAUUAAAAAAUUUUUUACAAUUUAUAUUAAUAAAUAAAUUUAUAAAUGACAUCAUUUUUUUUAUCAUUACAAAUUCAUAAAAUAUUUCAAAUUCUAUAUUUUAUUGUAUGAAUUUGUGAAUACACAAGCACAUAAACUUAUUAAAAGGCAUGUAUUUAAAUAUUAAGAAAAAAAGAAGAAAAAAAUAUUAUUUAAUAUUUGGCACGUUACCAAUGUAAUAAGAUUAUUUUCAUUUUUUAUAAAAAUUUAAACAAAGCUUAAAAAGGAAAAAUAAAAACAAAUAAUCAUAAAAUUGCUUCUAUCAAUUACAUUUAUUGAAUUAUUAUUAUAAAAUAAAGAAACAUUAAAUUAUUAACUUCAUUUAUUUAAAAAAAAGAUUAUAUUUUAUUUUUAUUAUUAUUAUUAUUAUUAUUAUUAUUCUUUUCUCACAAUAUAUUGUUAUUUUUUUAUAAUAAAUAAUAAGUCAUAUAAGUUGCGUGUUUAUCAUAAUUGCAUUAUUAUGUCGCAAUAUUUGCAGCAAUCUCUAGUUUUCUAGUAUUCAAUGAUGCAUUAAUUAAAAAUAAUUUCUGCUUUGGUACUUGUUUCGGACAAUUUGUGAAUGUUGUUUCGAAAUGAAAUCAAUGGUCAUACGGACACGCAAUAAAACAUGCAGGUCAAAAUUAUAUAGAGUCAAUCAAAUAGUGAUUGCAACACAAAGUUACAUCCUCAUUCCAGUAAUAAAGAUGAAAAUUUUCUUGUUUGAUGUUGUUGCAUGUUACAAAAAAACAUUCAAUAAAUUGAAAAAACUUUUUGCUUCAAUGAGGAGGUUGCUUCAUAUUUUACAUAAGAAAUUUAAAACUUUUGCUUUAAAAAUUUUACUUUUUUAUUUUGUAAAAUAUUAAUUAAACAUAAUAAAUUAAUUGUGAUUUUUAAAAUAAUUUGAAAAAAAAUCGAAUUAUAUAUAAGAUUUAUUCAUUAUUCAUUCACAAGAUGUUUUGUUAAAUAGAAAACAAUUUUAUCAGAAAAAUUUUACUAUUAUAUUUUUAUUACUAUUGUAAAAUAUGUAUAAUUUUUGCGAGCAGCAAAAGAUUUCGAUUUAGCGUCUCUUGGAUAUAAGAAUGGAUUUAUAAAAAAAAAUUAAAAUAAUUAAUACAUAUUUUAUAUACAUUGGCAAGAACGAAAGAAUGAAAGAAUGAAUGAAAAAGAAAGAAUGUUAGAAAUUGAAUAAACGCGAAAGAAAUUGAAUCAUCAUUAUAUUUUUAAAAAAAAGUUUUUCUUUUCUAAUUACAGUCGAGAAGAUUGUUUGUAAAGAUUAUGAGUAUCUAGAUAUUCUAGAUAUUAAUUUCAAUUUUUUCUUCUAGCAUUGUUUAAUAUAUUAACGACCGCUUAAUGUAAUAUUUAAGUGAUAUAUAUAUCAUAUCUAUUCUUCCAUGACUAAAACUAAAAAUAAUAAUUUAUAUUAGUUAUUAUUAAUUAUAAUUAAAUAUGAUAUUUGAUUCACAGUUACUUUACAUUUUUAUUUUUAUUUCAAUUAGAAAACCUUAUGAAUUUUUCAUUAUCGGUCGCUAAUGUGUUAACUAAUUAACUUACAAUACUGAACUUGCACUCUAAUGGAUUUAUAUAUAUUAUUAUAUAUAUUAUUUUUUAAAUUUAACAUCAAUAUAAAAUUUAUAUAAAAGAAAAAAAUAUGUACAAUAUUUGAAAUUUAAAAUUUAAAAAAAAAUUUAUUAUAAUAAUUAUUAUUAAAAAAUAAUUGAAAAAAAAUCUGUCUAUAUGCAAUAAGAGAUUAUAACGACUACAGCAUCUUCGAAAACAUUAAUGAGUUUAUUAGAAGUUCGCAAAAUGUAAUUAAAAAUUAAAAGAACUUUAUCUUUUAUAAAAAAAUAUCUAAUGAUUUCUUAAAAAAUAAUUAAAAUUCAUCUGUUUAUUGACUGCAAAUUUAAUAAAGUUGUUUGACGCGACUUUCGGAUUAGAAAAAAUUUUAUUAAUAUAUAUCGUGAGUCAUAUUAAUUUUCAUACUUCGAAAAUAACUAAAUAUCCAAUGAUUUUAGAGAUCUCGAUUUUAAAACAAAUAAAAGUUAAUAUAUAAAAAUGUCUAUUGAAACUUAUUUAUUGAAGUUUAGAUUUGAGGAAAUGAGAAAUAAUUUUAUCAUUACUUCAUUCUAUCUUCAUUUUUCUUCAUUUAAUGUAAACUUAAUAAAUAAACUUCAUUUUUGUAUAUUAAUUUUUGUGUUCAUAUUGAUCUCUAAAAUCAAAGAAAUGCCAAUAUAUUAACACUUCAUAUAUAAAACAAAAAUAUUUAUUUCGUUUUCUCAUUUAUCAGUAGAAAUAUUGAUCUAUAUUGAUCUAAUUUAUCAAUAGAAAAUAUAUCUCUUAAUAUAUAUCUCUUAAUAUACAUAUAUAUCACAUAUUAUAAAUACAAAAUUAAAAUUAAAUAAUAGUUCUUAAAUAUAGAAUUCCAUAUUUUCAAUCUUUUUUAUUUAUUUUAUUCAAUCAUUUUUUCAAAUGGAUAAUUUAAUAAUUCUAAUAUUAAAAAGAUUCUACGGAUUUAAAUAUUUACGUUUUAUGCAUUUAUAUACCUUAUUGUUUGUUGAUUAUCUAAAGCAAGAUAAAUCUAUUGGAGUGCAAAAAUCAAAUGUUGUAAUUUUUUGUUUAAUAAUAAUAUAAUAAUAAUAUGAUAAGUAAUCGCCAAAAAAAUCUUCCAUCAAAUAAUCAAGUGAAUAACAUUAUUUUUCUUAAGUUUAAUUAAUAAGUAUAUUUAGUUGCGAACAAGAUAAAAAAAAGUUAAAAUAGAAUUUGAGAUUUGAUAUUAAAUUUUAUUAUAAUUGCGUGAUUGCAUGAUUUAUUUGACGAUCUCUCAUCUAAAUGCCAACCAAUUUUAAGUUAUGUUUAAUAAUAUGUUUAUUUUAAAAGAUUAUUAAAUCAAUUAUAUAGCAAAUUUUAUUGAUAAAAUUAUUAUCAAUAUUAAAACGACGAUAUUUGCUUCUUCAAAUGAAUAUUUCUUUUAAAUGAAUAUUUUACCAUUUUAAUUUUUUAUUUUGCAAAAAACAUUCCAUUAUCGAUGUGACGUAUCCCAAUAAUAUUAUCAAUAAAUAUACUUCAAUCUAAGAGCGACUUAAAAAAAAAAUAAAUAAACAAAUAAAAAUAAAUAAAAUAUAAAAAAUUCACACGCAUAGUUCGCACGUUGUAUAUGUUUGUAUACUAUGUUAAUCUCCGAUAAUAGUGAUUGUUGUAACACAUGUAUCUGUGAAAGAUAAAUAAGUAUGUAAAAGGAGAUCAAUAAAUCAAAAACAAAAAAUUA